AUGAGCCCGUCAGCACAUGUCUUUCUCUUUGGAGAUCAGACGUACGACUUCGUACCUGAUCUCCGUAAACUCCUUGCCAUCAAGACGAAGCCGGUGCUCAACGCGUUCUUCGAACAAGCUCACUAUGUAAUCAGAGCACAGGCACAACAGUGGCUGGGACCGGUGAAGGCAGAGAAGGCACGCAGCGCGAGCCUCGCAGACUUGCUGCAGAAAUACACAGAGGGACAUCUGAGCCCGGCGUUCCAGGUGGCUUUGCAUUCGCUCACCCAACUAGGCGCAGUCAUCAGGCACGUGCUCUUUUAUGAUGAGCCCGGACGUCUCUACCCAACCCAGGGCUCUACCUAUCUCGUUGGGCUUUGCACAGGUGCCCUCGCUGCAGCUGCCAUUGCAUCCUCCGGUUCCCUCUCCGAGCUGCUUCCAGCGGCGGUGCAUACUGUGCAAUUGGCACUUCGCCUCGGCUUGCAUGCUAUUGACGUGCGUGAUCGUAUCUAUUCGAGCGUUUCUAGCGAGCAGGAACCAUGGUCCGUUCUGUACUUCGGAGUCGACGAGCCAGCCGCUGCCGCCGCUCUCGAGAAGUUCUCACGGGAGAAGGCCUUGACGAUCAGCGGUCCGCCGUCAACGCUGAAGCUUCUGCGGAAGGAUGUGUUUUUCGGCAAUUGCAAGUCGAAGCCUAUCCCGAUAUAUUUGCCUGCUCAUGUCUCACACCUCUAUUCCAUGGAGGAUGUACGCAUCAUCAUGUCGUCUACUAACCUGUCGCAAUUCCAAGAUUUCAACGUCAAAUUGCCAGUCAUCUCUGGCGCAACAGGAGUCUUUGCAUGGGGCGGAGGCCUUACUGCAUUGCUGGAGAAGGCACUGUGCGAAUGUCUGCUGGAGCCCAUCCGGUGGGACAAGGUAGUGGCCAACUUCUCGUCGCUGGUAAGCUCAAGCGGAACCUCUACCAUAGUCAUAUCGCCAAUCGCCACAAACCUGGAGCAGAACAUGUCUGCCGCUCUUAAAGAGAUAGCAAAUGUCUCGGUUGAGAGAUUGGAAGCUUUGCAUGAGCAUCCGCUGCAGCAACUGCCUCAGAGCCGUGCGAAACUUGCCAUUGUCGGCAUGUCCGGUAGGUUCCCGGAAGCACCUAGUCCUGCAGAUUUCUGGGACUUGUUAUAUCAAGGACUCGACGUUUGCAAAGAGGUGCCAGUCCAGCGGUGGAAUUGGAAGACACACGUGACUGCCGACGGAAAGGGACACAAUCUCGCUGGCUGCAAAUGGGGCUGUUGGCUUGACUAUGCUGACCAGUUUGAUCCACGUUUCUUCAGCAUAUCACCCAAGGAGGCGCCGCAAAUUGAUCCUGCUCAGCGCAUGGCGCUUAUGACGACCUACGAGGCUUUAGAGCAAUCCGGUUUCGUAGCCGACAAGACUGCGUCGUCCCAGCGCACCCGUGUUGGAGUAUUCCACGGCAUUACUUCGAAUGACUACUUGGAAUGCAACAGCGGUCAAUUCAUCGAUACAUACUUCAUCACCGGGGGCAAUCGAGCUUUCGUGCCUGGCCGUAUUAACUUUUGCUUCGAGUUCUGUGGGCCCAGCUACAGCAACGACACUGCUUGCUCCUCGAGCUUGGCUGCCAUCCAUCUGGCGUGCAAUUCCCUCUGGCGAGGUGACUGCGACACAGCCGUUGCAGGCGGCACGAACAUGUGUAUCAAUCCCGAUGGCCAUACAGGGCUCGACAAGGGCUUCUUCCUGAGCCGCACUGGCAACUGCAAGCCUUUCGACGACAAAGCUGACGGCUACUGUCGCGGUGAAGCCGUGGCGACGGUGAUCAUAAAGCGUCUGGACGACGCUAUUGCAGAGAACGACCCUAUCCUUGGGGUUAUCCUCGAUACAAAGACCAACCAUAGCUCCCUUUCAGACUCGAUGACACGCCCUCAUGUUGGAGCACAAGCGGACAACAUGAAGUCCGUUCUUGCGAGUGCUACCGUCAAUGCCUCGGACGUCAGCUACGUUGAGAUGCACGGAACCGGCACGCAGGUAGGAGACGCUGUUGAAAUGGAGUCCGUGUUGAAAGUCUUCGCACCAGACGAGCAACAACGCACGCCGGAGAACCCGCUAUAUGUUGGCACAGUGAAAGCCAACAUUGGCCACGGCGAAGGUGUUUCUGGUAUCACGAGCUUGACGAAAGUUCUCCUUAUGCUGAAGAACAACAUGAUUCCGCCGCAUUGUGGUAUCAAACCUGGCAGCAAGAUCAACCGGACCUACCCCGAUUUGGGGGCCCGCAAUGUCCAUAUCGCCUUCAAGCCAACACCAUGGGAGCGUCGAGGAGGUCCGAGACGAGCGCUCAUUAACAAUUUCAGUGCCGCCGGCGGCAACACGGCUCUGCUGCUCGAGGAGGCGCCACCUAGAGAGGUCGCAUCUGAAGACGACCCUCGGACGUCCCACGUACUUACCGUCUCGGGCCACGUUGCUGCAUCUCUCAAAAACAAUGCUAAGCUGCUUCUGCAAUACCUACAGCAGCACACGGGCACAUUGGAGUUGGCUCAACUCUCGUAUACGCUCACUGCGCGCCGCCAGCACCACAUUCACCGCAUAAGCAUUACCGGGGCCACAGUGCAAGAGAUCUCGGAUCGCCUGAGCGCUGCGAUUGAGCGCGGCGAUGGAAGCAACCGGCCGAAGUCGAAGCCAAAGAUGCUGUUCGCUUUUACCGGACAAGGUGCAAUGUGGGUUGCAGUAGGCAAACAGCUGCAUGACGCCUUCCCGUCCUUCCGCAGUAGUCUAUACGCCUACGACCGAAUGGCACAGGCUCUGGGCCUGUCUUCGUUCUUACCCUUGUUGGUUGAUUGCAAUGCAGAUGUCGAAAGCAGCCCGGCCGUCACAGUUCAGCUCGCAACCACUGCGCUUCAGAUGGCGCUGGCCGAUCUGCUAAGAUCAUUCGGCAUGUCGCCGGUUGCUGUCACCGGACACAGCCUUGGCAUGUAUGCCGCGCUGUACACCUCUGGCGUAUUGACAGCAUCGGACGCGAUCUACCUUGUGGGUAAACGAGCUGAGCUAUUCCAGCAGUCUUGCGCUCGUGGUACCCAUGCCAUGCUCGCCAUCAAAGCCUCCGAGAGCACCGUCAAUAGCCAGUUGACCGGUCAGCAGUUCGAGAUAGCCUGCGCCAACGGACCACAAGACACGGUCAUCAGCGGGAAGAGCGACUGCAUUGCCAAGGCUCAGGCAGCCUUGACGAGCAACGGAAUAAAGAGCACAAUGUUGAAGGUUCCGUACGCCUUCCACUCGGCUCAAGUGGAUCCAAUUCUGAAGCCUUUCAGCAUCAUUGCAAGCGGUGUGACCUUCCGUAAGCCGACCAUCACCGUCUUAGACCCGCUCACUGGUGCCGUGGUCGACAAAGAGGGCGUGUUCAGUGCGACUUACUUGCAAAGGCACUGUCGAGAGACCGUCGACAUGGUAUCCGCGCUGCAAGCCGGCCUGAAGAGCGGUAUCGUGGACGUGAAGUCGUGCAUAAGCAUUGAGAUUGGGCCGCACCCGGUGGUCUGCGGCAUGAUUCGCAACACGCUCGGCGCCGACCUCAGAUCGAUGGCUGUGCUUGAGCGCAGCAGAGACGUCUGGCCCAACCUGACCAACCUGCUCGGCAGCUUGUAUGGCUCUGGCGCUGAGCUGGACUGGACCGUCUAUCACCAGGCUUUCAAGUCGGCGCACAAGGUGCUUGAGCUGCCCGCUUACGCUUGGGAUCUAAAGAGCUACUGGAUCGCCUACGAGAAUGAUUGGUGCAUACACAAGCCGUUCGCUUUGCAGAACGUGAGCAACACGGAUAACAAGAAGGCUGCCGCGUUGCCUCCGCCUGCACAUGAGCCGGUCAAAGUUGAAGCACCUUCCAAGGAGACAGCUCUCAAGCUGCCUCCGGCCCCGCCUGCACCUCUGACCAGUACUGUGCACAGCCUUAGUGAAGAGACGAUCGAAGCCGACUCUAUUCGCAUUGUGGUGGAGGGAGAUUUGGGACGCGAAGAUUUACGUGAGCUCGCCCGUGGUCAUGUGGUCAACGAUGUACCAUUCACGACUCCCAGCUGGUUCGCGGAUAUUGCGUACACUGUUGGCACGUAUACCGUUGCCAGACUAUGUCCGAACCGCGAUGUCAUCGUCAAUGUCGGUGAUUUGGCUGGAGACAAAGUCCUCGUACCGACUGGCCGCGCAGGACAGAACCUGCGCUUGACCUUCACUGCGUCCUUCGAACGAGGUCAGCCGCAGACAAUUACUCAAGGCAAAUUCGUGUUCAACGCAGUCGAUGCCAAAGGCAGAAGCACCACACGGUACGGGUUCGGAGUCAUCCGUUUUGCGGACCGCACACUGUACCGACAGGUAACUACGAAGUUGCCAGAUUAUCUGAACAGCAUCAAGCGCCUGCGCUUUGGUGCAGAACAGGGCGAGCUGUGCCAGUACAACAAGCGUAGCGGGUAUCGUUUGAUGUCCAAGAUUGCCGGAUUUGGCGCCGAUUACAAGCUGCUGGAUGACGUGGUGGUCGACGAAUCCAGCAUCGAAGCGACCUGCUUCGUCAACUUCGCUACGAUUGCGACCAAGGGCAACUUCGCCGCUCACCCAGGCGGUGUCGACGCGUUCACUCAGUUGGCCGGCUUUUGCGUAAACGCUCGCGAGUGUGUCGACCUUGACAACGAAUGCUUCAUCAGUCACGGCUGGAAUGGCCUUGAACUCUACGCUCCCUUGACCUAUGACUGCAAGUAUGAGCUUUACGUUCGCAUGUCCGCUGACGGUACCGACUGGUUCAAGGGCGACACAGCGGUCUUGCACGACGGUAAGCUCGUGGCUUUCUUCAAGGAGGUCAUCGUGCACCGCAUGCCUCGCAAGUUCCGCAGUGCAGUCACCGACGCGUUUGCGACAGGCUCCAAGGGCAAGGCUCCAGUUGCCAACGCAGCGAAACCAGCAGCGAACAAGCCAGCGGUACGUCCGGAGACCCAUUAUCCAGGCCACUUACCCACCGAGUCGGGUGCGCCCAAGCACGCUGCCGGUAAAAUUGCGCCUUCGUCUGUCAGCGAAACUAGUCAACCAGUUGCUGUCGCAGCAGCGGCGAAUGCUCAAGCUGCUGAAACCGUGGCCAGGCAGGGGACAGCACCAAAGACGCCAUCACAACCCAAGAUCCCGAAAGCCUCUGGUCUCUCCGCCAAGACUUCGAAGUCGAUCGAUGAUGUUCUGAACAUUGUCUCGGAGGAGAGCGGCGUAGCGAAAGAAGAGCUCACCGACGAUAGCAACUUCGCGGACAUGGGCGUGGACUCCUUGUGCUCCAUGGUCAUUGGCAGCCGACUGCGGGAAGAGCUGCUCCUGGAGCUCGGUGCAGAAUUUUCGAUUUUCGUCGAUUGCCCGACUGUGAGGUCGCUCAAGGCGUUCCUCAUCGAACUCAACGGGGAGCAGAUGGACGAAGCCGAAGCAGCCAAUGCAGAAGAACCCGGCUUGGUCGAGCCGGCAGUCCCGGAGCACGUGGAAGAGAACUCCGUGAGGUUUACCGAGCCUCCAGUAGCUGAAUCGGUCCCACUCGCAAAAACUGCAGCGCACACCCAAGACAGUAUUAUCCACCAUGCUACGCCCGACGCACCGGCUUCCAAUAUUACCGUCACUGCCAACGUUGGCCCGGCUAGAGCCUUGGAGUCGAAGAACGCGCUGCAGGUUUCUACAUCUGCGCCAGUCGUUAAUGAGGCCUUAGACAUCGUUGCGCAGGAAAGCGGUAUCGCCAAAGAGGAUCUUUCUGACGACAGCGUGUUCGCCGACAUCGGUGUCGACUCUCUCUGCUCUAUGGUUAUUCAGAGUCGCCUUCGUGAAGAGCUUGCCAUCGACCUCGAUCCCGACUUCUCGAUCUUUGUCAACUGCCCAACCGUGGCUGACCUCAAGGCCUUUCUGAGCGAAGGCGCACCAGGAGUUAGCGGAGACUCAUCUGACAGCGCCGAAGACUCUGGUGCUUCCACGGUCAUUACGCCGCCGGAGGAGGGUCCCACGCCGGAUUGGUCGGCUUCAGAUGAGUGUCGGUCGACAACCUCAGUCAUUCUUCAGGGCAUCCCAAAGCUUGCCAAUAAGACGUUGUUCCUCAUGCCCGAUGGCAGCGGCUCUGCAACGUCUUACAUUACGAUUCCAAAGCUCGGCGACGAUAUUGCGGUCGUUGGCCUGAACUGCCCCUACAUUCGUGACCCCGAAGAGCUCAAGUGUACCCCCACGGCCAUGGUCCGCAGCUUCUGCAACGAGAUCAAGCGCCGCCAACCCACUGGUCCCUAUCAUGUCGGCGGUUGGAGCGCCGGCGGUGGCUUUGCCUUUGCCUGCGCGUACAUGCUCACUUCCGAGGGUCACGCCGUCGACAGCUUGAUCAUUAUCGACUCGCCUAUUCCCUCCAAGCUUGGUACGCUGCCCGCCGAGUUCUACGAGUACUGUGGUAAGCUUGGCCUCUUUGGCACCGGCCAUCCACCAACUUACCUCAUCCCGCAUUUCCUGCGCGUGAUGGAGGCCAUGCUUCCAUACCAGGCACGACCGGUGCGAGCGCCAAAGAUGCCGACUGUGGGCCUGGUCUGGGCUACAGAGACCGUGAUGGAUGGUCCAAACCCUCCUGUCGUGGCCAAGUCUCACUUCAUGCUGCAGAAGAGACAGAACUUUGGUCCAGACGGAUGGGAGACAUUGUUGCCGGGAGCGGAUUUCAUCAUUGAGAAGGUGGAAGGUGCCAACCACUUUACGAUGAUGGUGAGUCAAGCGGCGCAAGUAUUCUAG